UUAUCACCACCACACCCAUACCUGUGAAAUCGUACCUUGACACUCGAUCAACCCCACGAAGUUUAUCAGCGAUCAUUAUAUCACUUCGACUCCCAAAUCACAGUUCGUAUACCACAGCAUUUUAAUUAUCACGAUACAAUGUCGACAAUGUUCGAGCCUUCGCUGUCGACCAGCAUGUCUAGCAGUAUGAUGCGACCACCUUUGUCUUCAGCCGAUGCCCCGUCAAUGGCAGAUACACUUCCAAGUAUUAAUUUUGGCUUCGAUGAAUUGCGCGACAGGAUGGCAAAGUUUACAGUCAAAUUCGAUGCCUUUAUAGAGCAAGGAAGAAAGCGCGUGUUGGAAGAAAGAAACCAAUUCCGCAUGAAUGUAACUGAACUAAUUGAGGAUCAACGUAUGAAGAAAAGAGAUAUUGAAGUCUUGUCGUCGAAGAGUAGUACACAUCAACAAACCCUCGCGAAAGAGGCCGCCGAAACCGCCGAAAUGCAAGCAGCGAUCGCAUCACUGAGCGCUCAACGUGAUGCCCAACUUGCAACACGUGAAGCAUUGAAAGCCCAGAUCGCCGAAACACAAAAGGCUAUAAAUGGACGACUUGCUGCGCAGAAAUCCCAUGCUCAAUACAUCGAUAAACAAGCUCGAUUUAACGUUCCAGAACUCGACUUCUGGAUUUCGAAUUUGGGACUUAUGAUUGAGGGAGCGGGGCAAAAUGAUCGGUUGAAGUUUAUUUUCACGAAUUUUGACGAGAAUGAUUAUGAUAGAGAGGCCUGGUUUGAGCUUGAUACUUCGAAGAGGGACUAUGAUAUUCCGUACUGCAAGCCAAAAUUGGAAAAAGAGCAGAUUGAAAGGGUGGUGGACAAGUUGAACGAAACCCGUGAUUUGCGUGUAUUGUUGAAGGGUAUGAGAGAACUGUUCGUCGAAGCUGUAAAAAAUUGA